AUGUCUUCAUCCUACUCAUCAAAACGCAUCGUUUCAGUCUCUGUAUUGGCCUUGGCCAUACAACUUCUCUUGAUACACAGCGUUUUGGGCCAGGACAAUGCGUUUCUCUACCACAAGUGCUCUGACAUUGAAGGGAGCUUCACGUCCAAGAGUCCGUACGAGUCAAACCUCGAUAGUCUCUUUCGUCAUCUCUCUUACAGAGUUCCAUCCAACGGUUUUGCAACCUCCUCCGCCGGUAAAACUCCAGACAAAGUCAACGGUUUGUCCCUUUGCCGUGGUGAUGCCUCCUCCUCAGACUGCGGCUCCUGUCUCGCCACCGCCGUCCCCGAGAUACGUCAAAGAUGUCCAAACAACAAGGCGGGAAUAAUAUGGUACGACAACUGUUUUGUCAAGUACUCGUCGACCGAUUUCUUCGGGAAGAUCGAUUACGAGAACAAGUUCUAUUUGUACAACGUCAAGAACGUGAGCGAUCCUGCGUCGUUCAACGCGCAGACGAGAGCUCUUUUAACUGAUCUUACGAAGAAAGCGACUGCUGGAGGCAACCGGAAGCUGUAUGCGACAGGGGAGCAAAGCUAUGGGGAGAAGAAGUUGUACGGACUGGUGCAAUGUACGAGGGACUUGAGGAGCGAGACGUGUAAGGCGUGUUUGGAUGGAAUUAUUGGGGAGAUUCCUAACUGCUGCGACGGUAAAGAAGGAGGGAGAGUUGUGGGUGGGAGUUGUAAUUUUAGGUAUGAAAUUUACCCAUUUGUUAAGGUUGCUUGA